AUGAGCCACCCGGAGCCGGCGGAGGCCCAACCCCAACCCCAAGCCGAGGCCGAGCCUGAGGCCCAGGCAGAGCCUGACGCGAAACUCCUCCACACCAAGAGGCUGUACCGUUUUUUUGUUUUUAUCUAUGAGCUGGGCCUGAUCGAUGUACGAGCAUUUCAUGAAGUUAUUGACUUUCCUGCUCCACAGUUACAGAACUCUGAGCUACAGAGGGAUCUAGGUGUCCUGAUGGUCCUGCACACCAGAAGCCAAGAAAGUCCAGCCGAGGGCAGCCAGCAGAGGAUGCAGAUGAACUUCCUGAUCCUGGGCGCAGACCGGGUUGGCAAGUCAGCUCUCGCUGUUCGGUUCCUUACCAGGAGGUUUAUUGGAGAGUACGGAGAUAUCGAGACUGUUCACGCUCACACUAUGACAGUCAACGGGACUGAGAUGUGCCUCAACAUCUGGGACUCACUCCACCCGCGGAGCUGCAAGGUGACGGCUCAACCGACCGAAGAGCAGAUGCGCUGGGCCGACGGUUUCAUCCUGGUGUACAGCAUCUGCGACAGGGCGAGCUUCGAGGUGGUGCGGCAGCAGGUGGAGCGGCUCCGGAGGGCCAAGGGCGCCCGGGCGCCGGCGGUGGUGGUGGGCAACAAGCGGGACCUGGGCCACCGGCGGGCGGUCGCCGGGGAGGAGGGCCGCCUGCUGGCGCUGGCCGGCGGCUGCGGGUUCCUGGAGGUCUCGGCCGCCGAGAGCUACCACGGCGUCCUGCUGGCCUUCCAGCGGCUGCUGGCGCUGGCCUGGGAGUCCAAGGCGCCGGCCAAGAAGGUGGCAGGGCUGCGGGGCAUCGUGCGGAGCGUGUCGGCGGUGUUCGGGGGCAAGAGACGGGUCGAGUAG